AUGGAAAAUCAGAAAAAGAAGAAAAUAGUAAAUGCGGCAUGCAUAGCACUUAUUUUCUUUGCCACACAGUGCAGAGGAAGUGGAAAUGCAGGUGGUGACGAAAGCUUAUGGGAUGCUAUAGGCCAAUGUAUAGACGAAAAUAAUUUGCACGAUGCAAUAGACGGCCAACCAACUCCAGUCAAUGCAGUAGGUGCUGGUGUCCCUGGGACAUCUAGAAGUGAAGAUGUAGUGAUGGAAAGCAAUGAUAAUGUGUUCUUUAAUCCGUUAUAUGAUUAUGGUGUCCCUGGGCCAUCUGACACUGAUGGUGUAGUGAUGAUGGACUAUGAUGAUGUGUUCUUUGAUGAUCUUGUGACAAGUGAGAAUGAAUAUAAUGCAUGGAAUCCACCAACAACUACAGAAGAAUUUGGUGGUGUCUAUGCAACACACCCACAACCUACAGAAAACUUUGGUGGUAGUAGAAAUGCCUUUGAUCCAGUGCAUACUGUGCAUAAUCAACAAAAUGAAGGAGCUAGAAGGGAUGAUGAUGAAAUCAUUAUCCUUGAACCAGGUGAAUAUAAUACAGCCCAAAAUAGAAAUCCGUUUGCAGAACAACAGAGAAUGGAAGCACAGUAUAUAGGGCAGCAAGGUGUAGGUAUGAAUGCAUUUAAUGUAGUAAAUACUAUGUCAGGGCCAUCUAGCAGUGAUAGUACAAAUGCUAUAUGGGUUGCUAAUCCAUCUGAAUCUACUUCAAAUCGUACUGGGCAUUGGGUUACGUAUAGACCAAGUGCAAGAGGGCAACAGUAUAUAGGGCAGCAGGGUUUAGGGCAACAGCAUAUAGAACAGCAAGGUGUAAGUAGGAUCCCUUCUACCCGAGAACAAUCAGAAGAUAAUUUUACACCACCUGUAAAAAUACAAAGAAGAGAAGACGGCAUAGAUGUAUCCAACUCUCAGCGUAUAUUUGAGGAUAACCUGGGACCAUAUAAACCGCUAACCCAGAUAAAUCAAUCAAAUAAUCCUGUAAAAACAUCAAGAACUCGAAUAGAAAAACUUACCAUUAAACAGUGGAAUGAGUAUAGAUUGACUGAUAAAAAAAGAGCAGGCCCUAAAUCAUGCCAUCAAACAGUAUAUGCAGACAGUAAAAAAGAGUAUGGUGGGUUAGAUGCCUUUGCGGCCUUUAAAGCAAAAAGAGACGGCGAAUAUCAAAAAACAGCUAGAGAAGAUAUAGUAAAAUUUUCUAAUUUGAUUGCUGAUAAAAUAGAUCAGAAUCCAUUUUUGUACUUCAAUGCAUGCAGGUCUACACAUAUAGGCACAAAACAAAAAGAUUAUAUGUGGAUGAUUGGUCUAUUUGCUCAUAAUAAUGAGGAAGAUGAGAAAUAUAGAGAAUUAGUAAGGGGUCUUAAAGGAUAUUACCCUGAUGCGUAUAAAGACCUGCUAGCAUAUAUAAAAAAGCACAGACCGAUGAGAGCUACCGAAGAUUUGCUUCAAAAUAAGCGAAAUGAAACCUUGGGAGACAUCUAUAUGCGGAGAAGCCUAGACUUAAACUCUGAAAGAGUGAAACAUCAAGAUAAAAUUAGCCAGAUAAAUAGUAAGUAUACUGCCCUAGCUUAUGCUAUGCGCAUGAUUCUAGCGCUUCCGGAAAUACAGGAAGAUUUCUCACAGAUUGGCGAAGAUUUUAUAAAAGCCACCGAAAUAUACAUAGAUUCAACUAGAAAUGCACAUGCGCAUAGUGUUCUGGUGUCUAUAUGUGUGCUGGCGAAGGAAAAGGAGCCGACAAAGAACAUACAAAAAAUAGAAAAAACAUAUGAAGAUAUAUACACUGCCUUUAAGAGCAUAUACGAGAAGGGCGCGCAGAAAGAGCUAACAGUAGCCAAGUUUUAUCGAGGCAUACACAUAAUUCUUGCAAAUUUCUAUGUAAGAGAAACCGUUUUUGACUAUAACAAAUAUGUUUUGCUAGGCAAAUCAGCUAUAAAACACCAAAAGAAUGUUAAAUGUGAGGCAACGCUAGUAUCUCUGCCAGAAAGCUCUUCUAAACGGAUCAGUAACCCUAAAUAUUCUUCAGAGCUGGAUGACCCUAAAGAUUCUUCAGAGCCGAGUGACCCUAAAUAUUCUUUAGAUCUGAAAGUAAGACACAUUUCACCUGAUGUAGAAAAACACUAUCAUGUUUACUAUGUGGACAAUGAGUCCCACCAACUCAGAAAGCUAUGCAUGCCCAUAUAUGUCGACGAAAAUACUGGAGAAGAGAGCUACAUACACACGAUUAACGAUAUAACAGCACACAUAAUAGAAUUAUAUGAAAUAGGAAAAAAUUCUAAUGUUAUAUAUCCGUUUAAAGUAAAUAAAAAAACCAGAAAGUGGUCGCAAAUUGAAGAAGAAGGCAAAAGCGAAACAGCAAAAGAAUUAGUAGAAUAUGAGCUAGUGUUCUACCGCAUUGAUGAAGACCUAGCAAAAGUCGAAUUUACAUUUUCAAAGUUCAUUCCUCGAAAGGAAAACGAUACGAAAAACAUCCGCGUACCACUGUUCCUUAUGCAUUUGAUGCAGGAUGCAGUGCAUAUAGGACCUUUUAUUACACAAGAAGAGCUUAGAAAGAUAAAUCUGCUAAAAAUUAAAGGAAUUAUUGCUCCCAACUUGUAUAAGUUUAAUGAAGACUAUGGUACAGAAAAAUACUCAAGCUUACAUAAAUACUACAGCAAUCUGUACAUACCGACCAAUGAAGAAAAGAAAGAAACCUUUGACUGCUAUGUCAUGGAGUAUAAGUCUGAAAAAGAGGGAGAAGCUAUCAAGGUUGAAUGGACAGUGGAUAUGACGAAAGGGGUAUUUGCAUACACAAGCUGUUUUCUGGAUAAAAAGUUCAAAGAAAAAGAAAACUCGAAAAAGCUAUUAAAAUUUAUUAACGUACUGGAGUCAAGAGAGUACAACAAAGAUAGCAAUCUGCAGAGUAUUUGGCUGAAAAAUGGCAAUGUAACAGACAGCAAAUCAGAAAAUCAAGCAGAGAAAAUAUAUAUUUGGGAGGUAGAUAGUAAGACCUAUGGGAAGCCAAUAAGAAGUGAGGAAACAGUCAGAAAAGAGCAUGAAGCUGCAGAAAAAGUUUUGAAUAUUAAAACUGAAGAAUGUAAUAUUCAGGAAAGUAAAGUAGUAGCUGCAAUGAGAUCAUGUAAUGAUGAUAGAGUAAAUGAAGAGAAAAGAAAAAAAAAUAAGAAAUGUGUUGAAAGACGUAAUGCAGAGAAAAAACUAGAGUCUUUGAGCGAAGAACUAAAGAAAGUCUUCUCUAAAAAGCCAGAUGAAGAGGUGCAGCUUAUUGUAUUCCGGAAUGUAAAUACAAGUAAGUCCAAUCUAGGAGCACACAAUGAAAUUCUUGAUGUCUUAAUUACAUAUUAUUACUAA